AUGUCUGAUGCCUCUGCUUCUCUAGUUCCCUCUGAUUCGCGCAAGCUGCGGGCCUGCUUGCUAUGUUCGCUUGUUAAAUCUGCAUUACAAUUUCGUAAAGAUGGGUGUGAAAAUUGUGAACCAAUCCUCAGGAUCAAAGGCUCUGCCGAUAGGGUGUCGGAGUGUACGACGGCACAGUUCCACGGCCUUGUAGCGUUAAUGAGACCAGGUGAAUCUUGGGUUUCUCGUUGGCAGCGAAUCCCGGAUACUGUCACUCAAGGUAUAUAUGCGAUAUCGGUUACAGGAUCCCUACCAGACGCUGUUUUGGAUCUUCUCGAAAGGAGAGGUGUAACUUAUAAAUAA